AUGGCGCUCCCGCAAAGCAGCGACCUGCGCUUCCAGGUCCAUGCGUUCCGUAGCGGCGUCCUCGCCCGCCAUACGGAAUCGAUGUGGCUGCCGGCCCAAGGCGCGUGCAGGGCUUCACCUCAACAGUCGUCGGACGACUUGAGCGGCACCGUGAAGAACUCUUUCGGGCAGGCGGGGAGGAACGUGCGCAAGUCGGUUGAUAAGAUGCUCCACACUGGCAGGUUCGCGCCCAAGGGAGGGAAGAAGAAGCCGCAGCGCGGGAGGAAAUACCCCCGGGCGGGAGCUCUUACUAAGAUCAACCUCGAGGCAGCCGUCAAGUCUUUCCCCGGGAAGAAGCUGGGGAUGGGCAGCCAGGGCUCUACUGGCGUUAAGCCUCUCACUGCUCCCGCUGUUGGCACGCCGGGCGGUGGGAAGAAGCUGGGGAAGGGCAACCUGAGAGUUGGGCCCAAGGUGCAUGCCCCCAAGAAGCCGGGGACAGGCAACCCGGGCUCUGGCCCCAAGCUGCUUGCCCCUGAGAAGCAGCCAGUGAAGGUGCCUGCCCCUGAGAAGGAGGUGAAGGUGCCUGCCUCUGAGAAGAAGACUGAUGUGCGUGCCACUGAGUAG